AUGAUGAUUGUAAUUGGAGCUUCCACAGCUGUUUUUGUCCUUGUUUUAAUUCUAACAGUGGCGGUGACGAUGUAUUGUAAAACGAAAAAAUCAGCCCCGCAGCAAAGAAACACUGAUGAAAGACUAAUCGGAUGUAAGCAGGCAGUUAAUGCCACAGAACAGGAUAAUACACCGGCGGAUGUUGUUGUUUACGCUGCUGUUGACAAGAGUGUCCUACUUAAGAACAGACAACAAGAUGACGUAGCGGAGAGUGAUGUCAUAAAGGAUAAAAAUGAUGACAAUGAAACCAUGUAUUCAAAAAAGCCCAAUAUACAUAACCAAACAGAUUCAAAGAAAGAAAAAAAGAAAAAUGGAGAAAAGGAGUUGCAAGGAAAGAAAGAAGAAGCAAAAGCAUCUAACAGGAAUGACGAUUCACGUACAGUGAAUCAGGAUGGUUUAGUUUACAUCGAUGUUGAAUUUGCCAAAAAUCCCCAAAGUUCAGACACAGAAGGGAAACCGAUCAUACACGGAGAAGAAGAGCGAACAGAGUACACGUUCGUGGAUUUCUCUAAAAAGGCGCCACCAAAAUAAUACCACGUGAUCAUCUUUAUCACCGAGAUGUUCAAACAUAUACUCUAAUAAACUCGGUUUAUAUCUGGAAAUUGAAGAAAUUUUUUUUUAAUGAUAAAUUGAUCUUUCACAUCUUUUUUCUUUGUAUAGGCUUGUAU